CACAACAUGGCGGACUAGAAUAGUCGGCCGACGCGUCCGGAUACGGCGGAUAAACUGUGGGAUUUAAGAAAGUAGCCGCCGAGGGGACGACACGCCGGGACGGAGCGCUGGUCUCUGCGGCAGGGGGGACUUCUCGACCCGGAUUUAACAGGGGGGAAAACUGCGGAGUGUCGGCUGGAGUGUGUGUCCCGGAUCGUGCUUCCCUCCUCUGCUAUCGCCAGGUCCCCCCACCCCGCUCACUCUGUCGGUUCCUGGGGUGUGGAAACAGGGGCCGGGGCUGGAAAACGUGGAAGAAAAAGAGAGGAUAAAUUCCUACUUGGCCUUUUUUUCCCCCUAGUUUCCCCCCCUUCUCUCCGCUCCCCUCCUCCGUCCUCUCCCGGGUUUCCUCUGGGCGCUACAGGAGUUGUGGACCACGCUGUGCGAAUGAGUGACUGAUGCCAACUUCGCUUCUCGAGGGCAGAAUGGGUGUGUGUCCCCUGCUCCUGUUGCUGUGUGUCGCCCUCAGGGCCUCAGCCCAGGAUCAUGUCCCCAUCACAGGUCCUUCAAAUAUCACUGCCAAACCGACGGACCCCCCGACGGCACCCUUCCUCAACCACACCGCCACACCUGCUCCGCCCCCUACGGCACCGCCCACAACUCUCCCCCCGGCACCCGUCCCACCCACAACCGUCGCGACGACGCCGGCCCCCUCCACACCCACGGUCCCGGCCGGAGCUGCCGAAGACCCGCAGCCCACCGACUCCAGCGCCGCAGGGCGAGGGUUGCCAGUCCCACCACCCCCUCCUCCAGAUCCCACCGAUGCCCCGCAGCCUCCGCCGAGCACCCAGCCUCCUCCGCCUCCCCCCACCCCGGCGGGGGGAGAUAAUAGCACCACGGCAGCUUCGGGUCCAGAAACCCCGUCUCCAGAGAGCUAUGACGUUACCGAUGGUGAUCUGUUCAAUGCGUAUGGGGACGUCACCGCAGAGCCAGAGAGAGAGUUCCCAUCCGACACCACCCCUCACGGUGACAGCCAGUCCGAUGAUAUGCCAAUCAUCGCUGUGAUGGUGGCCCUGUCCUGCCUGCUGGUCAUCAUCUUCAUCAUCAUCGUCCUCUACAUGCUCAGGUUUAAGAGGUACAAGCAGGCAGGAAGCCAUUCAAACUCCUUCAGACUGACCAACGGCAGAUCAGACGACACAGAACUCCAGAGUGUGCCGUUAUUGGCCCGAUCGCCCAGCACAAACAGGAAGUACCCGCCCCUUCCCGUCGACAAACUUGAGGAAGAAAUGAACCGCCGCAUGGCUGAUGACAACAAGCUCUUCAGAGAGGAGUUUAAUGCACUGCCAGUCUGCCCCAUUCAGGCAUCAUGCGACGCUGCCUCCAAGGAAGAGAAUAAAGAAAAGAACAGAUAUGUUAACAUCCUGCCAUAUGAUCACUCCAGAGUUCAUCUCUCGUCCUUGGAGGGAGUCCCCGACUCAGACUUCAUCAACGCCUCCUUCAUAAAUGGUUACCAAGAGAAGAAUAAGUUUAUUGCAGCUCAAGGGCCAAAGGAGGAGACUGUAAAUGACUACUGGCGGAUGAUCUGGGAGCAGAACACAGCCACCAUUGUCAUGGUGACAAAUCUAAAGGAGAGAAAAGAGUGUAAGUGUGCCCAGUACUGGCCGGACCAGGGCUGUUGGACAUACGGGAACAUCCGCGUGUCCGUAGAGGACACCAUGGUUUUGGUGGACUACACCAUCCGCAAGUUCUGCAUUCAGCAGGUGGGGGACGUCUCGGGGAAGAAACCUCAAAGGCUCAUUACCCAGUUCCACUUCACCAGCUGGCCUGAUUUCGGGGUUCCUUUCACCCCAAUCGGCAUGCUGAAGUUUCUCAAGAAAGUCAAGGCCUGCAACCCGCAGUACGCUGGGCCCAUUGUUGUUCACUGCAGUGCGGGUGUGGGCAGGACAGGUACCUUCAUUGUGAUCGACGCCAUGUUGGACAUGAUGAUCGCGGAGAGAAAGGUCGACGUGUUUGGUUUCGUCACCCGGAUAAGAGCCCAGCGCAGUCAGAUGGUUCAAACAGACAUGCAGUAUGUCUUCAUCUUCCAGGCGUUGUUAGAGCACUACUUGUACGGAGACACAGAGCUUGAAGUGACGUCUCUGGAGUCUCACUUGACCAAACUGUACGCCCCGUCACCUGGAGCUGGCUGCAGUGGGCUGGAGGCUGAAUUCAAGAAACUGACAUCAAUCAAGAUUCAGAACGACAAGAUGAGAACAGGUAACCUGCCUGUCAACAUGAAGAAGAACAGAGUCCUGCAGAUCAUUCCAUACGAGUUCAACAGAGUGAUCAUUCCAGUCAAAAGGGGCGAGGAGAACACGGACUACGUCAAUGCCUCCUUCAUCGAUGGCUACCGCCAGAAGGAUGCGUACAUGGCGAGCCAGGGGCCCCUGCAGCACACCAUCGAGGACUUCUGGAGGAUGAUCUGGGAGUGGAGAAGCUGCUCGAUAGUCAUGCUCACCGAGCUGGAGGAGAGAGGGCAGGAGAAGUGUGCUCAGUACUGGCCGAGUGACGGAGUGGUGGUCUACGGCGAUAUCUCCAUCGAGAUCAAAAGGGAGGAGGAGAGUGAGAGCUACACUGUGCGAGACCUCCUGGUCACCAACAACAGGGAGAACAAGGCUCGAGCAGUGCGUCAGUUCCAUUUCCACGGCUGGCCAGAGGUGGGCAUCCCCACUGAUGGCAAAGGCAUGAUCAACAUCAUCGCUGCAGUGCAGAAACAACAGCAGCAGUCUGGCAACCACCCCAUCACUGUCCACUGCAGUGCCGGUGCCGGCCGAACGGGGACGUUCUGUGCGCUGAGUACAGUCCUGGAGCGGGUGAAGGCAGAGGGCAUCCUGGAUGUCUUCCAGACGGUGAAGAGCCUCAGACUGCAGAGACCCCACAUGGUGCAGACACUGGAGCAGUACGAGUUCUGCUACAAAGUGGUGCAGGAAUACAUCGACGCGUUUUCCGACUACGCCAACUUCAAGUAGGGACCUGUCACGGCUGGAUGGGGCAGCGGCUGAAUGGAUUUCCGCACACACUUCAUACAAGCAUAUGCACGCACCAGAACACACACGUAAUGUUGCCAUGCAGAGAGCUGCGUUUCCCCAGCAGAGGGAUGGUUUUUCUUUUCUUUUUUUUUUUUUUUUUUUUGGAAAGACUCAUCACGACUUGAUGUGUGGAUGGAGGAACUGCCCACAGGAAAAGGGAACAGAGGUCUCCGCCCGGAGGACGGGGCAGUGCAGUCGGGACACGUAAAAUAACUGAGAUGCCUUCUUGAAUAUUUUGUAAUGUUGUUAAUACAGCCCCUCAACUCCUGUUUUGCUUUUUAUCUUCACUCCCAACAUGUAUAUAUACUUACUGUGUUGCAUUUUAUUACUUUGGUUUUCGACACAGUUUUGAGUUUGGCUGCAUUUUCGGGUGGCACCUGUAAUGUAUUUUAUUGGUAUAUAUAUAUAUAUAAAUAUAUAAAUAUAAAAAAAUAUAUAUGAAUAUAAAUCUAAUUCUUUGGUGGCUAAUGUACAACAUUCAGAUUCAAGUAAUGAUGGAUUUCUUUUCUUUUCUUUUGUUUUUUUUUUUUAAUUCUUUUCAUUAGGGACAGAGACUUGCAGCAUUUCUGAGUUUGCCUGAGCCACGCUGUAGCGACGCGUGUGGUUGGAGAGGUUUCUACUUUCACCCUCACAUCCUGAAUUGUUUUUUUUGUUUUUUUUUUACAUUCAUACAAAGUCACAUUUCACAGCUAGUUUUAUUUUCCAAGUCAUUUAAUUUCAUGGGUUUGGAGGUAAUUCCAGAUUGUACAUGAGAAUUCCUGUGAUGUAGCGUACAGCCUCAGGAUUUAUCACGCACGCUAAAUACCGGGAGCCAUUAAUUGUUCUCAAGCGUCUGCGUGGGUGUAUUUUAGCAGGAGAGGAAACUGGCAGAUGAGUCCGGCUGCCCAGUGCCAAAGACAUUCGCUCAUUUGGUUAAUUAGCUCUGAAGUCAAAAAAACGCAGCCUCACCUGUUCUGUUUAGAUUAAAAAGCUGUUUUAGUGUUCGGUCAUCAGUAAAACGUUCACUUCUCCCACAGCCUUUCAGUCUGGCUUCUAUAAAUGUGUUUUCUGAUAUUGUCGGUCUGUUACAGGGUCAGCAGCGGAGUCGGAACACUUGCAACACAAUCAUGACCGACUCCACAGGUGGAUCUCACAAUAAUUAAUACAAUGAAAAAAAAAAAUCCCAUUUUAAUUCAAACAGGGAAUCUGACAUGUACUUUAGAUCUUGAAUUAUUUCAAGCUGUUUUUACUGUUAACUCCACCUUGAAUUCGAAACAUCUAAAAUACUGACAUAUUACUUAAGAUCAGAUUUGACUUGUUUUUCUAAAUCAAUGCCAUAAUCAUCAUCAUUACUACAUUAAGAGUCUUCUAAUAACCGACCAAACAUUUUUGGAUAUUUUUUCUUUUCAAUGAUGUAUUUAUGAUCAAAAAAAUGUCUCAUCCCCAAUUUUUUUUUUUUUUUUCAGUGCUUGUUUACAGACACACGUCAGUAUUUGUUAUAAAUUGCUCUACAUUUAAUUCCUGGAUUGAUUUCCUUUGAAUCUGCUGGAUUUAACUGUCACUUACUUUUUAAUUUUUUUAUUUUAAAGUUAUUGCGCCAUACCAUCACUCCUUUCAAAGAAUGAAAACGUCUGUUUUUUUGUUGUUGUUUUUUUUCAUUACUGAUGCAGAGGAAUGUUUCUUUUUAUUCGAAUGCUGUUGCUAACAUAUUCAUCAGAAAUGGAUAUGGAAACCUUGUUACUUUAUUAGAAGAGGUGUGCCAUGGGAUGUGUGCUCAGAAGGUUUUUUUUUUUUUUUCUUUUGUUUUAAUAAGGAAGGUCCUGUGAGGACACACAGACUUGAAUUACGGCGUUUUUGUUUUAUCCGAGGUUACUAUUGAGGCCGUGCCCUUCUGUGAUUGUAAUGAAAGAUGAAUGAUGUCGGCUCGCCGCGGGGCUUUAGGUCAACUUCCGCUUUGGUCCGCUCAGGAAAUGACUUCUGCCAGGAUUGUUUAAAUUUUACAAAUGAACACAGAUCGUUUGAGUUGAUCUCCACAGCUGAUUGGCUUAUUGUCCACCAAAGUGGAAGAGUUUCUUUUCUCCAGCUAGACUUUUUUUUUUUUAAAAAAAACAAUAAUUUCGUAUAGAAUAUUGAAAAUAUAAAAGCAUGCUGUUGUUGUUUUAUUUUUUCAGUGUACACAGCCUCAGAUUUGUGCGUAACCUUUAUUCCAGCAACACUCUCAUUUGUACUUGCUUUCAUUAACGAAAGGAGCACAAUCAAAUUUAAUUUAUUGAUUAAAAAGUUCAUUCUGAAUUUUUCAGUAAGGGUGAUUGCGUCAAUGUUGAUUGCUUGGACACUCAUGCACUACUUGCACCAAAAGCAAAGCCCUUAAAAAAAAAAAAAAGAACCAAAUAAAAGAAGAGGCCAGAGAGACAAUACGGCCUUUAUUUUAAGAGAGUAGAAACUUUAUAUGAGCUCUUGAGAAGCGCUUCCAGGUCUCGAAGCCCCCGAGUAAAGCCAUCUGUCAGGCUGGAAGUAGCGCGUAGAUUGACCAGUCACUGAAAUCAUUCGUGCGUCCCCAUCUUCAUUUCAGGUCUGCUUUCGUUCCAAAGCAUCACAAGUGCCCACACUAUGAGUUUAGGUGCCAUUUGUGUUCUUAAUUUACAUCGUCACGUGUCGAGUGGGGGAUGCAGAGUUGUUCUGAAUGUGCUUCAAUCCGACAGGUUUGUUGUAUUGUGUUUGAAUUACGCCGCAACGUCUCGCUGAAAUCUGACAGUGAAACACAACACUGUGCCAACCCAUGAGACCCGCUGUUAUCGCCCUGUUUAGAAAAGAAAACGAAAAGAAGAAAGUGCCUCAGUGGUAGGUGUUUAAAUGAGUUCUCCCAGCUUAAUACUGGUGUGUGUUUUGUCCCCUGCAGACCAAUGACGGUUCUCGACUGCAUCAGUCAUGCUUUUGUUCCCUGUGCAGGUCAAACUGACGUGAGGACCCCUCUUAAUUCCAUUUCAGUUUUCCAGCUUCUUUUCAUUCCAUAUCAGCUGAAUGAGGGAAACACGACAAGUAAUCAGUCAUGGAUUCCUAAAUAUUAAGCAAGAAUUUCAACAUUUCCCACACCGAGACCAGUUUUGUCCCAACUGAGCAUUUUGAAUGUUCUCGCAGAAAACACUAGAGGUGAACUUUCCUCCUCCUCCUGCCAGCGACGUGUCUUUGAUGUCUCUAAUCCAGCUCCACUCACUGCUGUCCGCUUAAUUCUUUCUAUCCCUGCUUUACUUUGUCUUGAAUUAACUGUUUCCGGUUGUCAGUGUCCACUCUUAUUUUGUACAUAAUGUAAGGUUAUUUAUAUUCCAUUCCUUUUUUUUUUUUUUUUUGCUCCCAACCCUUCUUUUUCUCAAAAAACAAAAAAAGAAAAAAA